AUGUUCAUUACCAUAAAACAUGGAGACAACCAACAAUUCCUGGCCAACAUCAACUGCUCAUUCUUACUAUUAAUGCACUACAUACGUGACAAGGCAGGACUCGAGAGGACAGAGCUCAUUGAUUUGUGUGAAGAAAAUGGAACCUUGAAGCUGCUUUUCCUGGUCAAGUUUCCAGAAGACAACGCCAACAAGUUCCUCACCCCCAGGGGGACCUACUAUAUAUGUAGGGUAGAACGUGGUGCCCCAGGGACCAAACAUGAAAAUGGCUACCGGGCUUUCCACCCUGUGUUCAAGCACCCUCCAUUGGAUUUGAUUGACUCCCUGCGCAACCAGUGUGACUUUCUGGAGAAGAGCCGCCUCAAGAUGCUCCGGAGCCAAGAUGGCAAGAAGCCCCCGACUAUGGAGGCACUCCUGUCUUCCAUGGCAGGCCAGGUGGUGGGGAAAAGCACUGGGAAGGCUGGAGCGAGUGCCGCGAGUGGCACAGAUGAGGAUGGCUCACCUCGUAAGUUGACUGGAGCUGCCAAGGCCAGAAUGGAAGCCAGCAGGAAGGACAAGCAUCGUUGA